AUGGGAAUCAUCGCCGUCGCAGGAGGAACCGGAAGCGUUGGGCGAACCAUCGUAGAGUCGUUGAUUGAGCAUGGAAAACACCAGGCACCCGGCGAUGGAGACAUCUUCCGAAUCCUCCAAGUAGACUACAACGACGUUGAAUCCACUGCCUUGGCUUUUGAGGCCGAGCAAAUCGACACCGUCAUUUGUGUCUUUGGGAUGAUCUCGGAUGAGUCGAGCGACACGCAAAUCAACUUGAUUCGCGCGGCAGAUAGGUCUAAAUUCACGCGACGAUUCGUCGUAAGCGAGUUCGACAUGUUAUUCAAGGAAGAACAUAUCUCCUACAUUCCCACGGCAAAAUGGGCAUUCGAUGCCCUUCGUAUGAUUGAAACCACUGGCCUCGAGCAUACUCGCGUUGUGAAUGGUAUGUUUCUCGAUUACUAUGGCCUUCCGCACUGGAGAAGUCAUUUAAAGCCAUGGGUGAAUGCCGUGAAUGUGCAGCGCAAGUGGGCUGUAAUUCCUGGAGACGGCGAAACACCUGUUAGCUUCAUUACGACGCAGGAUCUCGGUCGGUUCGUUGCUCGACUGAUGGAUUUGGAGGAGUGGCCGCGUGUCAGCUGUUUUGCGGGUGUGACGGCCUCGUUUAAUAAGAUCUUGAAGCAUGCAGAACGCGUUCGAGAGGACAAAUUCACAGUCAAGUACGAGGAUCUUGAGACUCUACGAAAGGGCAAAAUCUCAUUCCCCGAGUUUGAAGAUGCCGGGUUCAAAGCAUCAGACCAGUCUGACGAGGCCAUCUUUGCGCUAUUCCAUCGUGUCGCGGCCACUGGAGGAUAUUUCAUUCCUCCAGAUAAAGCCCUGGAUGACAGAUUCCCCGACAUCAAAGUCACGACUGCGGAAGAAGUGAUGAAUGUCUGGAAAGACCGGUGA